AUGAAUAAUAUAAAUAAAUAUGAUAACAAAUGUGCUAUACAUAAAGAGCACGAUAUUAAAAUGAUUUGUGCAACAUGUAAGGUAGUAGUAUGUGUAGAAUGUAUUCUUUUAGAUCAUAAUGGCCAUAAAUUUGAUCGUAUUGGUGUAGAGAAUUCAAAAGAAAUCUUUGAGUUAUUAAAUGAAUCAAUUAAUUUAUUUAAACCAUUAGAAGAUAAACAUACUGAAAAUGUAAACACAAUCACAGAAGUAUUUAAAGAACUCUCCAAAUUAUUACAAAUCAUUGAAAUUGAUAAAAUCAAACAAUUAGUAACACUCUAUGAUGAAAAUAAAGAUAUUGUUGUAGGGAAUUUUCAAUAA